CCUUUGUUUUAGUGCUUACAACAUCAAGAAUACCUGUCUUCUUUUCCUUCCUCCUCUCCCUCUCCAACGUUCAAUUUUCUGCAAAGCCAAAACCAAAACUCAACGUUCAAUUCUCACUAUCUCAAAUUCCAGGCCUUAUUUUCUUUCAAAUCUAUGGCGGCUUUAGGCGGCCCAUGGACCACAACCCAGACUACGAAAUCUACCACUCCUGCUGCAAAAGUAAACCCCACUUCAAUUUCCAAAGUCAGGGUCAUAGUAAGGGUUCGCCCUUUUCUUCCUCAUGAAAUCGCCGUGAAGAAUGAUGACCAGACCCCAUGUGUCUCUCUACUCGAAGAAGAAUGCCAGUCUGGUGAUGAAGUGGUUGUUUAUCUCAAAGAUAAAGAAACCAGCCGUAAAGAGUGUUAUCGGUUGGACUCCUUUUUUGGCCAAGAAGACAACAACAUUACUCAGAUCUUUUACAAAGAAGUGAGCCCUUUUAUUCCUGGUGUCUUCCAUGGUUACAAUGCUACGGUGUUCGCUUAUGGAGCUACUGGCAGUGGAAAGACCUACACAAUGCAGGGAACAGAGGAGCUGCCGGGAUUAAUGCCGUUGGCGAUGUCGACGAUCUUGUCUCUGUGCCAGAAAACAGGAAGCAAAGCAGAGAUUUCGUACUACGAAGUGUAUAUGGAUAGGUGUUAUGACCUAUUAGAACUCAAAGUCAAAGAAAUUGCUGUUUGGGAUGAUAAAGACGGGCAGAUUCAUCUCAGGGGACUAUCUAGGGUCCCUGUAAAUUCUAUGCCGGAAUUUCACGAGGUAUUUUCCUCCGGGAUUCAGAGGCGGAAAGUUGCACAUACAGGUCUCAAUGAUGUCUCUAGUAGGAGCCAUGGAGUUCUUGUAAUUUCUGUUUCCACUCCUUGUCCUGACGGUUCUGGGGCUGUUAUUUCUGGAAAGCUGAAUCUCAUAGACUUAGCAGGGAAUGAAGAUAACAGGAGAACCUGCAAUGAAGGUAUUCGUCUACAAGAGAGUGCCAAGAUCAACCAGUCCUUGUUUGCACUGUCCAAUGUGAUUUAUGCACUCAAUAACAACAAAAAUCGAGUUCCUUAUAGGGAGAGCAAAUUGACAAGGAUAUUGCAGGAUUCUCUUGGAGGAACCAGUCAUGCUUUGAUGGUGGCCUGCUUGAAUCCAGGAGAGUACCAGGAAUCUGUUCAUACAGUCAGCUUGGCUGCUCGGUCACGCAAUAUAUCCAAUUUUGUUUCCUCAGCUCAGAAACAAGAGACCCCGAAGGUCAAAGUCGACAUGGAAGCGAAACUCCGUGCUUGGCUCGAAUCAAAAGGAAAGACCAAGGGUGCUCAAAGAGUUGGGGCAUUCAAUUCUCCAUGUGUGGGGAAAACUUCAAGUUCUAUUGGUACCCUUAAGAAACGCGGUGCAAGUAGAAGCUCUGCUAAAGACAGGGUCAUUAACAAUUCGGAUGCUAUGGUAAAAGAAAGGAUCGUCUCGGUGCCAUUCAGAAAUUUAUUCAAUUUUGAAGAUCCGGGUGAUUCUAGCAUAAGGGAAUAUUGGUCAAAAACUUUACAAGAAGGAAGUUUGAAUGACAGUUUAGUAGCUCCACCAGGGGAUGAGACUCUUCCAAGUCCAAUCAAUGGUCUAUGUCAAGCUUCUAAGAACGAAAACAGAGAUGGCAAUGGGGGGACUCUAACAAAAUCUAAUACAGGUUUGCCUGAUGAGGCAUCAACCAAGGAUGAGAGCUCAGGAAACAUUACUCCACCAUCACCUAUAAGUGAGAGGAAAAAUACACUAAGAAGUCCCGUAAGAAAAGUUCUCUCCCCUAUCAACACCAAUGGAAAUCAGAAGCCUCUCGACGAAUUCUCAUUCACAGAUCAAGCAUGUACUUUCAACUUUGAGCCAACGACUCCCAAAACACCUUCUAUUUUGACCUGUGCCAAUAUCAAAUUCCAAGCAUUUGGGACCCCACUUGAUAAAUUUAAUGCAAACAGUUCUAAUUUAAAGAGCUACCUUGUUCAAGAGUAUAUCGAUUUCUUAAAUACAGCGAGCAGGGAAGAGCUGGUGGAGUUAAAGGGGAUAGGUGUGAAAACAGCAGAAUACAUACUAGAGCUGAGGGAAACUAGCCCAUUAAAAUCGCUAAAUGAUUUGGAGAAGAUAGGCCUUUCAUCUAAGCAGGUUCAUAACUUAAUUAGCAGAGCUGCUAGAGGAAUAUUUGAUAAACAAGAAGAUGCACCAUCCAGUUGUUCAUAGACUUGGGUGCGGUGCAUAUGUUUGGAAAUUGCCAUUCUCGAUUAAAGGCGGAUAACUCUCCGCCGCAUUGUACUAAAACAUUGUUAAUACUGUAGGAUAGAGAUGUAAUUUAUGAGAAUUGUAUUGGCACAGUUAUGAAAAUUUGAUAUGAUUUUUAAUUUAUUAAUUUUAUUAAUUAAUAUUAUGCAUUCUGCA